AUAGUCAUGGGCCGGGAGACGCUGCUCGUGAAGAAGCUGUCGGCGACCGCGGUGCUGCCGGCGCGCGGGUCGGCGCUGGCCGCUGGCUUCGACCUCGCUAGCGCGUACGAGUGCGUGAUUCCGGCGCAUGGCAAGGCGCUCGUCAAGACGGACAUUGCGAUCGCGAUCCCGUCGGGCUGCUACGCCCGCGUCGCGCCGCGCUCGGGGCUCUCGUGGAAGAACCACCUCGACGUCGGCGCCGGCGUCAUUGACGAGGACUACCGCGGCAACGUCGGCGUCGUCCUCUUCAACCACGCCAACGAAGAUUUCCACGUCAAGGCCGGCGACCGCAUCGCGCAGCUCAUCCUCGAGCGCAUUGUCGCGCAAGCCGACGUGCAGGAAGUCGACGAGCUCUCCGACACUGCGCGCGGUGACGGUGGCUUUGGGUCGACAGGCGUCGCCAAGCGCGCCAAGGUCGAGCACUCGAUGACGACAGCGGCCUCCGCCGGCGUCGACGCGAUCGUCGGUGCGAUUGCCGCGAUCGAAGCCGACUUGACCGACGCUCAGCGCAAGCGCCUCAAGGAGCUCGUGGUCGCCGCCGACGACCGCCGCUUUGCGCUCUUGGAGAAGGCGAGCGCGCAGUACAUUGCGACGCAGGAGAAGGCCGCGUUCUUGGAGUGGAUCCACGCCCUUCUUCAGUAACCGCCUCUCUUUUAUACAUGUAUGCAACCUCGACAGCCUCGGCGGCUUCGACAUCGUUGACGCACAG